UUUAUUAUCUUCACACUUUAUUGUUUCUUUUCUGUGAUAUAAGGCAAGUAAAUAGGUAUAGAUUUGAUGCAGUAGUAUAUAUCCAGUCCCUAAGGGAAGUUGAACUUGAGUUUUUAUUUUGACAGCUACAAACCGGAAGUAGAAUGACUGUAUGUUGUCUUGCUUGACGCUGGUACAGGAAAAAGAGCAGGAUGUAGCGGUACAUGAUGUAUCGGGCUCGCUUCACAUCAAUCCAACCACCACAAGUCCUUCUGUGUAUCUAUGUCGACGCGGUGAGUCGGGUUUGGGGGAUGGGUGUUGUACGGAUCGUCAGCAGAGACGACUAACGUUUGAAAAAUGUCCAACAUCCUCGAUGCGGCGUCCAAAGUAAAAUGGGACCGCACGGCUGCGGCGAAGCGAGCCGUGUUCCUUGCGGCUGCCGCUUAUGGUGUCAAAACACUGUACCCCAUCAUCUGCAAGCAGCUCAGCAAAAACAAAGAUCCCAGGAAUAAAGGGUCAAAGGCGGAAAACGGGUCCGCCUGUUCGGUACAAACACGGAUAUGUGCUGCGGAUCUGAAGAAGACAUCCCCCGGGGUAAAUGCGGAAUUUUUCAAGCAGAUCCUCGAACUUGGUAAAAUCCUCUUCCCCAAGCUCGUGUCCAGAGAGCUGGGUUUGCUCUCCUUGCACUCGGUGGCGCUCAUAUCCAGGACGUUUCUGUCUAUUUACGUGGCCAGCUUGGACGGAAAGAUAGUGAAAACGAUAGUGGAGAAGGAGCCCAGGAGCUUCAUCAUUCAGCUGAUGAAAUGGCUCCUCAUUGCCAUCCCGGCCACGUUCGUCAACAGCGCCAUCCGGUACCUGGAGUGCAAACUGGCUCUGGCCUUCCGCACCCGGCUGGUGAACCAUGCCUACCGGACCUACUUCACCGAUCAGACCUACUACAGAGUCAGCAACAUGGACGGGAGGCUCGCCAACCCGGACCAGUCUCUCACUGAGGAUGUAAUGAUGUUCUCCCAGUCUGUGGCCCACCUCUACUCCAACCUCACCAAGCCCAUCCUGGACGUGAUGCUCACCUCCUACACGCUCAUACAGACCGCCAGGUCCAGGGGGGCCAACGCCAGUGGGCCCACCCUGCUGGCCGGCCUGGUGGUCUUUGCCACAGCUAAGGUCCUGCGUGCCUGCUCGCCUAAAUUUGGCAAGCUGGUGGCCGAGGAGGCUCAUAGGAAAGGCUACCUGCGCUAUGUACACUCCAGGAUCAUUGCGAAUGCUGAGGAGAUAGCUUUCUACAGGGGACACAAGGUGGAGAUGCGUCAGCUGCAGAAAUGCUACCGGGCCCUGGCGGACCAGAUGAACCUGAUCCUGUCAAAGCGUCUCUGGUACAUCAUGAUCGAGCAGUUCCUCAUGAAGUACGUGUGGAGCGGCAGCGGGCUCGUCAUGGUGGCCGUGCCCAUCAUCACCGCUACCGGCUUCGCUGACAACAAAACAGCAGACGGCCACACGCAGGUGAUGGUGAGCGAGAGGACAGAGGCUUUCACCACCGCCCGCAACCUCUUGGCUUCCGGAGCCGAUGCCAUCGAGAGGAUCAUGUCCUCCUACAAAGAGGUCACAGAGUUGGCAGGCUACACUGCACGGGUCCACAACAUGUUUGUGGUGUUUGAGGACGUCCAGAGGGGCAUUUACAAGCGCUCCUCUGUGUCAGCCACAACAGGAGCAGAGAAGAAGAGCAAGCCUGAGAUGCACAUAGAUGGACCGCUGGAGAUAAAGGGGGAAGUGAUAGAUGUGGACAACGGCAUUGUGUGUGAGAAUGUCCCAAUUAUUACACCGAAUGGGGACGUAGUAGUGUCUUGCCUGAAUGUCAAGGUAGAGGAGGGCAUGCACCUAUUGAUCACGGGGCCUAAUGGCUGUGGGAAAAGAUCUCUGUUCAGGAUCCUCAGCGGCUUGUGGCCUGUCUACGGCGGCCGCCUACACAAACCCUCUCCUGAACAUAUGUUCUACAUCCCUCAGAGGCCAUACAUGUCCAUGGGUUCACUGCGGGAUCAGGUGAUCUACCCAGACUCGGGGGAGGACAUGGCUGCCAGAGGCCUCAGUGACAAGGACCUGGAGGCCAUCUUGGACAUAGUCAACCUCAACCACAUUGUCACCAGAGAGGGAGGCUGGGAUGCUGAGCUGGACUGGAAGGACGUGCUGUCAGGAGGCGAGAAGCAGAGGAUGGGCAUGGCUCGCAUGUUCUACCACAAGCCUAAAUACGCACUGUUGGAUGAGUGUACGAGCGCUGUGAGCAUCGACGUGGAGGGAAAGAUAUUCCAGGCUGCGAAGGAUGCCGGCAUCUCUCUGCUCUCCAUCACACACAGACCCUCCCUGUGGAAGUACCACACCCACCUGCUCCAGUUCGACGGGGAGGGAGGCUGGCGCUUUGAGCAGCUGGACACAGCGACGCGCCUCUCCCUCACCGAGGAGAAACAGCGGCUGGAGGCCCAGCUGGCCGGCAUUCCCGAGAUGCAGCAUCGCCUCAACGAGCUCUGCAAGAUCCUGGGAGACGACUCUGUCCUCAAAACAGCCGAGGAGUGAGACAGGGAGGGGAGGAGGCCCGGAGGGGAAAAGAGUCAAAGGGGAGAAGGAGGAGAGGAA